AUGGUCACCGUAGCAGUCAUCGGAGGGACAGGCUCUGUCGGCAAAACAAUCGUCGACGCUUUCGUAGCAGAAGGCACUCAUGAGGUCAUUGUAAUCUCUCGCAAGGUUCCGGAAGGCAAGAGCGCUGCCAAAGUCAUCGCGGUCGAUUACACCAACAUCGAAGAGCUCACCAAAACGCUUGAGGAAAACAAUAUCCAUACCGUCAUUUCAACCAUUGUCAUGUAUGAUCCCGAAGCUGCACGGGCAGAGCGGAACUUCAUUGCAGCUGCAGACAAGUCCUCCUGCACCAAGCGCUUCGUAGCCGCAGGAAGGAAGACCAUCGGGAUAGCCGCGAUGGAAGGUCGCUGA